UUUCUCUCUAAUGGAGGGCUCGAGCGAGACGCCGGACGUGAAGCCAGAGAAAAAGCCUGGCGAUCACAUGAAUCUCAAAGUGAAGAGCCAGGAUGGAAACGAGAUUUGCUUCUCGAUCAGGCGUAACACGCGGUUGGCGAAGCUUAUGAAGGCCUAUUGCGAGCGAAUGUCGGUGGCACCGGACUCGAUAGCGUUUCUUCUAGAUGGCAAAAGGCUCCGUGAGGAUCAAACACCAGAGGAGUUGGAAAUGGAAGAUGGCGAUGAAAUAGAUGCCAUGCUUCACCAGACUGGAGGAAUGCCGUUGUUAUAGUUUCUGCACCUAUUACAGAAUCUCUUGAAAUAUGAUUGCCUCGUGA